GGAGUUCUGCAUCUCCACGUCCAACCAUACGCGUACGAUGCGGCAUCAUUCAAUAAUUUCAUAGCGGGGUUGUUAGAGAAUAUGAACCCAUUCCCGGGCAAGAAUUCAGUUAUCGUUAUGGAUAACCACAGUAUCCACAAAUCCAAUGAACUGCGGGAAAUGGUCGAAGCAAAGUGA